GCCAAAGCUCUGGAACAUGGACCCGGUCAGCGCGUACGCUGGCCAGCUCCACGACCUGCGGAAGACCAUGCGCAAGUUCAAGGACGAUGUGCGCAUGUCCUUCUCCAUGUGGUCGGAGGACAUGGAGAUCCUCGGGGGCAUGCUGUGGCGCCUCCUUGAUCAACACCAAGGACAUCGGCAGCUCUUGCUGGCCGAGGACGCUCAUGCAGCCAAAGUGCAGAAUCUCCAAGACACGAUCGAUCGCCAAGCGAGAGAGCUGCAGCAGCUACAGGGCGACCUCCACGAGAAAGAGCAGGAACUAGCAACGAGACGUGCCACGAAGGACCCAUCUCCAGUGCAAGAGCUCCGCCGGUCUCAACGAAUCCAUGCGUCCGCGGCAAAGUCGUUCACGCAACACACACAGGCGCACAGCGCCAAGCGUAAGAGUACGGUGCUCCUCUAUACGAACCAAAGCAUUCUCAAGAAACUAAGGAACGACGAUGAUACUCCAGGCGAGAGUGAAAACCGUGUGCCAAAGCAAGUGACCUUCCAGUCGCCUGGGCCAAAGCCCAAGCCAUCGCCACGCCGGGUCGCCCCGUCGCGUAAACCGCUCCCAGAUCAGCUACCCACGGCAAGCAGCAAACAACCGAGCCGCGUCCGCGUCCCAACAAUCAAUCACGGCAGCACACUGCCGCCAUCUCGCGUCCUUGUCCCGAUUAAGCAGCCAGCGCCAACAGCUUCCGCAGCCACUUAUUCUUCGACGCGUAAGCGAUGGAGCUAAGGUGACAUGUAAGUCGAAGCCCUCUCUGUAAUUUAUAAAGCAGCAUUGCUAUCCACCA